CACAGCUAAUUAUUAUUAAAUUAACUGAAAAAUUUUUAAAUUUUGUUUUGAACAACUAAUUUUGCAACUAAUUCGUGUUACAAAAAAAUAAAAUCAGAAUUACUGCAUAAUAAACCCUACACAAAAUGGAUGAAAUUAAAGAGUUUUUUAGACAAGCCGGUGAUGCAGCCAUGGGUGCUGUUAAGGAUGUAAUGGCUAAGGAUAUAAAUGAAAUUUUCAUAAAGAAAGAGGCGGAGACUAAAAGAAAAUUACCCAGUAUUACAAAUAUGAGAGUGCUUGACAAUAAGCAUUUGGACAGUCAGAGGCCACACACAGAAAUUCCGGACUUCGAAACAAUACGCCAACAGUGUUUAGAAAAUGGUUCUCUUUUUGAAGACCCACAUUUCACUGCUAGUAAUGAAUCUCUAAUGUUUUCAAAACAUCCCAAUCGCUACAUUGAGUGGUUGAGACCUCAUGAAAUUGCCGAUGAUCCACAGUUUUUCGUAGAGGGCUACUCUAGAUUUGAUGUCAAACAGGGUGAAUUGGGCGACUGUUGGCUAUUGGCUGCUGCUGCAAAUCUAACUCAGGAUUCGAAUCUCUUCUUCCGCAUUGUGCCACAAGAUCAAAAUUUCGAAAAAAGUUAUGCCGGCGUAUUUCACUUCCGCUUCUGGCAGUAUGGCAAAUGGAUAGAUGUGGUUGUAGACGAUAGACUGCCGACGAAUAAUGGUAGAUUGAUAUAUAUGCAUUCAGCGAAAAAAAAUGAAUUUUGGAGUGCCUUAUUAGAGAAGGCUUAUGCCAAACUACAUGGUUCUUAUGAAGCCCUCAAUAGUGGUUUCAUCCGUGAGGCUAUGGAAGAUUUUACAGGAGGCGUUACUGAAUCGUACGAUUUAGCAAAAGCUCCUUCAAACCUCUUCAACAUUCUCGCCAAAGCAGCUGAACGCGAUUCAAUGAUGGGUUGUUUUUUAGAAGAAGAUCCAGAUGUGGAAGAAGCUGAAACGCCAGAAGGUCUCAUCCGGGGACAUGCCUACUCCAUUACCAAAGUAUGUAUGAUUGAUAACGUCACGACUAAUCGUCAAGAAAGGUUACCAAUGAUACGCCUACGUAAUCCCUGGGGCAACGAAGCUGAGUGGAAUGGCCCCUGGAGUGAUAGUUCUCCUGAAUGGCGUGACAUUCCCGAUGAGCAAAAACAUGAGAUUGGCUUGAACUUUGACCGCGACGGCGAAUUUUGGAUGAGUUUUCAAGAUUUUUUUAAUCACUUCGACAGUGUGGAAAUUUGCAACUUAUCUCCCGAUUCCAUAACGGAAACCCAACAGAAUGAUGGCAAGCGCAAGUGGGAAAUGUCCAUGUUCGAGGGUGAAUGGACGGCUGGUGUUACUGCGGGAGGUUGUCGUAAUUUCAUGGAUAAAUUCUGGCAAAAUCCUCAAUAUGUCAUUUCCAUAGUAGAUCCCGAUAAGGAAGAUGACGAUGACAAAUGUACUGUAAUUGUGACCUUAAUGCAAAAGAAUCGUCGUUCCAAGGGUAUGGAUUGCUUGACUAUAGGUUUUGCCAUCUAUCAUAUAAAUGAACGCGACUUGCAAACCCGUCCCCUGGGCUCAGGAUUCUUCAAAAACAAAGCUACAGUGGCACAAUCGCCUCAUUUCAUAAACACCAGAGAUGUUACAGCUCGUUUUAGAUUGCCUCCUGGCCACUAUUUGAUUAUACCUUCCACCUUCGAUCCAAAUGAAGAGGGAGAAUUUAUUAUACGUGUCUUCUCCGAAACGCAAAACAACAUGGAGUACGUAUCAUAGUUGCAUAUUGCUUGUUCGAUUUUAUUUUUGUUUAUAUUAU